AUGCCGGGAAAAUAAGCUGCAGCACACAGGCAUCUGUUGGGGUUCUUAUAGAAAGUCCUGCGGGUUGCCAGGACUACAGCACAUCUGCUUGGUUUUGGGGACAGCAAGAGCCCAGCUGAUCCAGGCAUUUGGGUGAGGUCCUUUCUGAAGAGCCUGGAGUCUUUCUUAGAUCUGUCUUUUAUUUUGGGGAAAGGUGUGAUGGAGCUUGCAUUUUCCUAUGUAUCUGGAUACUCUGUAGCCAUUCUCCUCUUACAAAUGGUAGUACUCCCCUCAGCUCUAGGCUUGGAUGUACAGAUUAAUGUUCAUGUUCCUGACACAAAAGGGCUCAUGCUGGAGUGUAAUUCGGGAGGGUGGUUCCCAUCACCCCAGAUGGAGUGGAGAGACAGCAGGGGAAACGUAAUUCCAUACUCAUCAAAGUCCUCCUCAGUGGAUGGAGCUGGAUUAUUGCACCUGAAGAUGAGUGUUCUUCUCAAAAACAGCACCCACAGUCCUGUCACUUGCUGCAUUUGUAAUCCAGUCACUGGUCAAGAGAAAAGGGCAGGUGUUAUCCUACCAGAUAUCCUGUUCAAAUCAAAGUGUGCGGGGAUGUUAUGUGAGAACUUAUACCUCCUGAUAUAUCUGAUCAUUUUACUUGCUCUUUUGUGUUUCAGCAUAAACUGUAUUUUACCCAGGAAAGUUUCACAGAACAGAUGGUUCGUUCUCUUUUCAGACUGUAUCCCUUUCCUGAUACAUGCUGGCAUCUCCCCUAUCUACUUGAUAUUCAAGAAUGGAGUCACUGAUUCAGAUGACCUAUACCCAUUGUAUAGUACUUGGAUAUGUGAUAUAUGUGUGAUCCUGACGGUACUGAUGACAUUUUUCUCCAUACUCAUUUUUUGUAUACUGCAGACACUGGAAGGGAAGACCCACAGGGAAGGUCCUCUUUGAUAUCUCCAUGGAACUCUUCCUUCACCUGAAGCUUAUGACAUGGUGAUGAAAGCACACAUACAGGGAGGAGUAGCAUAUAAUCCAAAACAUGAGCAAUCUCCAUCUAAGAGUCACAAAUCAGCAAAAAGAAAGAGCAGAUGCAAUAGCAUAAGAGCCAGAGCAACAAAAGCAGAUUCAUUUCAUGCCCUUCUGAAUGCCACAGUUCCAAACCCUAAUUCAUUACUCAGUCAUUAUACUUCUCUGGGACUAGUAAACAAGUGUAGUGUCUUUAAGAAUUUGGGGGCUACAUAGUGAAUAAGAGUGGAGAUCACAUUAAUCUUCCUAUUCUGCACUUUCAAGUUCAUGAAUAAAAUGUGCAAAAAAUCCUACUUACUGUGUGGUACAUAUACACCAUGGAAUAUUACUCAGCCAUU